AUGUCAAGUGGAAUGGAGCGUCUGAUUGGUCUGGUGGUGCUGUGCACAGUCCUGGUACUGAUCCAUGGAGACUGUCAGAGGGGAGGUCUUGACAUGCUCAUGAGCUCUGCAGGUGCCAGGCCAGUGUGUAUGGACUCAGUUGAUAAUAGGUGGUACAAGAUGGGCUCCAGAUGGCAAAACAGCCAAUGUCAGCAAUGUUCCUGCACACCUAGGGGUAUAAGCUGCUGUGAGAGCAUCAGUCCAUGUAGCUGA